AUGAAGCCUAUAACAACCCCGAAGAUACCGUUUAAUGCCUCUAAGGGCAAUGUCUUUUCUAAUAUAGCUAUAAACUCUCUGUUUGGACUCGGCAUAUACUUUCUUUACAAGGGACAUCAGAACAAGGACGAAGUAGUCUCAAAACAGAAAACUCGGGAGCCUCUGCCCUCGGAACACGGUCAAAUCUCUAGUUCUCCUACUCGCGUCAAAUUCUCGAAUUUGACUUCAGCGUUCGGCACUGAGCUUUCUCAUAUGACAUCGACGCUUUCCUACCAGGAACUUUCAUUUGUCACUGUUGGGUUUGGAUUCAUGUUGCAAUUGGCAAAUAUGGCGCAUGUAUCUUAUGGAAGAAAUUCACUGCUCUACAAAUUGGGAGUUUUCUCGGUAAUCCUCUAUCCUCCACUAACUUAUUACAUGUAUAACUCACAUAUUCAGAAUACCUAG